AUGUCUCAAGAAGAGAUCGAUGUGACAGGAUUCGAAGAGAUCACUGUCACAGUUCCGUUAAAGGGAGUGAGGCAAUGGGUAUGGAUCACCUAUUCGAGCUUCAACGUCAUCGGAUUCGCCGUCAAUUUAUGGGUCCUUUAUGUGGUCUCUCCACUUCUACUAACAAGCACAGCAAAAGUGCCAAAGAGUAUUUUGUUCUACAUUUUUUGUCUCUGCAUUUCUGACUUGAUGACAAUGAUAGGUAUGCUUUUAUUAAUCAUCGAGGUUGUACUAGGCACAUGGACUUUCGGCUAUUGGCCUUGUCUCGCAUAUCUUGUUUUUGAUGGGCUUAAUAAAUUUAUGGCACCGAUUAUCGUGUUUCUGAUCAGUCGAACCUGUUACACGACGGUGUGUCUCGGGAAAAAGACUCGAGAUCGUGCGGCGAGUGUUAAGUGGGCUUUUUUGCAGCUUCUAUUCGCUUUGAUGGGUGUAAUGUUCAUAAUGAGACCCGUUUUUCGACACGGACAGGUAUUCACCUUUAAUCUCAGUGCCAACAACGAAACUCGACAAGUGACUGUGAUGCGAAAAUGCAGUUUCCUGCCACCAGCUGAUGAGGAAUUCUGGUUCAAUAUCAUUGCCUGCGGGGCUUCCUACGUGAUGCCGUUGAUCGGAAUUAUUUAUUGCUACAUCUCGGUGCCGUUCUUUUUGCGAAAGAGAGCUUUAAACUCGAUUGUUUCAUCAAGCAACGUUGACGCGGCGAUCAAGCGAGUGGUGGCCACAGUGCUCGUCCUUUGUGCUGUUUAUCUUUUCUGUUGGUCUCCUUACUGGUUCACAAUGUUUUUCAACAGUUUACUUAAUGAUCAAGGGCUUAGCGCAAAAGCUGUUGUGAUUGUUUCGUAUUUCAUUCACCUUCUUCCUUAUGUGAGUUGUGUCGCUUAUCCUGUCAUUUUCACGGUGAUGAAUCGAGGCAUAAAAGCUGCACACGAGAAAUUGGCUCGAGAGCAUAGAAAAAGAUUUCGAAGUAUUGCUGAUGAUGCGACGAACACACUCAGGAAUGCGAUUUCGAGAAAAACAACGAUGGUUCGAUCGAGACUUUCCUCAUUCAUCGUGCAAAGCAAAGAGGAUUUAACACAAACCGAUUUCACGUCUUCUGCCAUCUCAGGCCAGUAUCUGGCGGUAAAGAACUCAAAUGGUUCGAUGAGUCCUCAAUUGGUUGUCGGAUUUCCGAGUCCAGAAAGAGAUUUCUCUGGAUCAGCUUCCCCAUCGGACGCACCACCGCUUUCUUUUCCACCACAAAAUCCCCCACAAAUCCGUUUGAGUCCAUCGGAUGAUGAAAUGAACGAGGGUGAGACUCUCCUU